UCAAAUAGAGUUGUUUGUAAGCAAAGAUAAUAAAAGUUUUAAAAGAAAAUGCUGGGAAGUAUAAUCUAAAAAUGACCGAUUUCCUAAAAUCAAACGCAAGUUCUGGUGUGUACUGGUUGAAAGAACCCCUAGAAAAUAUACAAUUUAAGAUUACAAUAAAGCCACAUGAAAGCAUAAUUUUACUACCGAAAUUUGAAGAUUACUCAAAUACAUCUCAAUCACAGAAUUUAGCUAAAGCUGAUGGGAGCGCGACGAAAGAAUAUGUUUUUAGAUGGCAAGAAAAAGUAUUUAGCCAGUAUGACAUUAAAAAGUACUCAGAUAUCCAUAACUGUAUUUCAGAGUGGGACUUAAACCUCCAUAACAAAUUAAAACAAAAUAAUGCUCUAGCGCAAAAGCUUUUCACAUAUCUCAAUGAAGAUUGCUUUAUGCCAUUGCCCAUUGUUGAAAAAAAAAGUUAUGACACUGGUUUUACUUAUUUGAAUUCAUGUUUGGAGCGGUUAAACUUAAAUGAAAAGGUAAACAGCACUAUUGGAAAUGAAACAAAUUCCACAAGAGAUUUAUUUUCUAGUCAAGAAAAUGUGAUAGCAGGUGCUGAAUGGACAGCAAUGCAUAUUAUGUAUGAUAACUCUAAAUAUGACGAUGAUGGCAAUAUAAUACACAGUGAUGAAUGUUUAUUACUAUCCUUAUAUCAUCACCAAGAACACAAUUACCUGAUGGUGUCGCCUGAUGUUGACAAUUUGUCGAACCCUUACAAUAUAGAGGGUGCGACGGGCAAUCUGCAUUUGGAAUAUUAUGUGGGAAUUGAAUUUGGUGUGGAGGAAUGUAGUGAAGAAUUGGUUGAUUUGCUGAAUAAGCUAUACAAGAAAUGGCAGAAAAAGCAAAAGUACUUCAUGCCUUUUGUAAUGCCGCCUCUGGGAGGCAAGAAGGUGUUUAUAACAUUGGAAAUAGUAUCAGCAAUAGAAUUUGAGAUGGAUAAUAUUUAUAUAGAGUAUCACAUUAAGGUCAGAUUGUUUUUAAUUCCAGAUAACAUUCAAUGUAAAAACGACCUUAUUGGCCGGACACACGUGUCACAAUCGCUUGUAAGAGAUAAUGGUGAAGUUUGGCUAUUUGGACACACUGUUGAUCUUGAAUUGGAUAUUCCUACGGGAAUUGAUCCACCCCCAAUAAAAAUAUUCUUCGAAGUCAUAUCCCAAGACUGGUGGCGAAGACACAGGACUGAGGGGUAUAGCCAUCUCGCUCUAACCUUACACCCCGGUAGAUAUAAGGAACAGCUGUCCUGCUCUAGACCAGAGGAAUUGAAUAAAAUAGAGGCAGAGAGCCGAAGAUUCUUUGUCGGUGGAUGCCAUUUGAUUGAGGACUUGGAAGUUUUGGAGAAACCUCAGUUAUAUACUUGUAACUUUAGAAACGUGCCAACCGGUACAAUAUCAGUCCACUGGAGUACAAUAACACAAUCUCAGUCCCCUGGUCAUCAUUCCCCUGUCCCUGUAGCAUCUGGAUCGGCGCUAUUACAGGGGGCUGAUGCGGUUUUAAAGCAAUAUAAACGAGCUAAAGCUACUUUGGCAGCGGCUACAAGAAAUAUUCAAGAGACAGGGGACUUAUAGAAGCUUCUAGAACCAUGGAAGGAACUAAUUUGAGAGCUGAACAAAAGUACAAAUACCAAGUAAGAAAAGAUGAGUCAACUAAGGAUGUAGGCUGUAUUGUUCAUUUCUUUAUGUUUAAUAGUAUCAUAUAGAAAUAAGGAAUAGAAGCUAAGUGUCAGAUGCACUGUAUUUUUUUUACAGAGAGUAGAUAUGUGCUUUGUGAAAUCUUUAUACUUUUUAUAUAUAAAAUUCCCCUGUCACAAUUUUAGUUACCAUACUCCUCC